AUGAUGGUCAAUUUCUAUACAAAGGCAGUAUUGUCAGAGGUAAUUUAAACGACAUGAGCAGUCUUGACUUUGUUUAUCGUGAUGCUCGAAGUUGCUUUUGAGUAACAAGAAAAUGUAUCAGUGACCUAUAGCAGAAUUUAGAAAGAGAGAAAAAGAUAAUUACUUAAAAUAUCGAUGAGCUCCACCAAACUUGGCAAAUUGUUUGCAGGAAUCUGUGCUUUUUGUAAAGAAGUUUACCAAUUAUUGUUUUAUUUCCUUGCUUUUUUGUUUUGUUUUGUUUUUUUUGUAUAUUUUUGGCUAACAUAAGCGUUGGAUAUUGUUGGCGUUAAUUUUUACGUAAUGAUAGAAGAGUUGUAUAUUUUCCAACCCCCCGCCACUUUGACACUUUUAGCGUGCGAUUUUCAUUUAUUUGUUUAUUUGUGUUCGCAUAAUCGACGAUCCCCUUACACUGGGAAUUCUUUACUAAGGCUUUUAUUGUAAAAAAAACAAACAAACAAACAAACAAAACGGUCGUUUUUAUCAUUCUUAUACUCUCCGACUAUAUUCUGUUGCAGUGGCUGUGUUUCUUUAUUUUCCUGACUGUUCUUCUUCCCAAUAAAACUCUUUGUAAACCUUUUGAACUCGAAGCUCCAAGAGAAGAUUUCGCCCACUACAAACUUGAGCCAAACGUAGCUUACCAGAAUAAUAUAACAGAUGUCAGAAGUAAAAGGGAAGUGAAAACACUGAGAGAUAUCUGUAAUGCUGGUGACUAUGGGAUCUCAUCAAACGGUUGUGUUAAGAGAUGGCUUAUCUGCUAUGAUUAUCAAGAAGCGGAGUGUAACGCGGUCAGCUUCAAGUGCCUCAGUAGUAUCCCGAGGUGCGGAUCACCAAAGUGUAGGCCAAUUUAUGACUUUGUGGAAGUCAGUCUAAGCGGCGCAGUGCAGAAAUUCAGAAGAACCAAGAAUUGUGUUUGCGCAUGAAGACUCUAGGAGAAUGAAUACCAGAAUAAGUUUGUAAAUAGAAAAUACUGUAUUUAUUUACUUGUGUACGUACUGAGAAAUCGUUAAUAAGAGUGCACUUAUCGUAGCAGUUGAUUUAUUGUUACUGAUGUAAAACAUAAAACAGAAUAAUAUUCGGGCAAUCACUGAUUGCCCGACUAUUAUUCUGUUUUAUGUUAAAGCUCAUUAUUGCCAUUAUUGUUAGGGUCAUUGUGAAUAGUUUUAACGCUUUUAUAUUUUUGUACAAAAUUUUCUGGUAAUAAAAGUAUUGCUUAAGACACUUGAUUCAAAAGCAAUUUUUUCGUAAACAUCUCCCAGAAAUAAAGCUUCUCGUUUGUUAGGGAACUUUUGUCAGUGCUACAACAGUCAUAAGUUCAUGUAACGUCAUUCAAAAGCAUUAGUUUCAAGUUUUCGGUUUUAAUUUUUUUCGCUGUCAGAGAGUCUAAGCGAAAGAGUACAACUCUCUGUAGCGUAGUAUUCUCUAAAUCAUGUAAAUUUUGUAACGGUAACAGUAUAAUGAUUAAAGAAAUUAACAACCACGUCUUUCAUUAUUUCCACGUGAUAUUGAAUUCUGAAACAAGAUACAAGGGAGAUGGAAGUGUCAAUUCAACCACUAAAUGAUUUUUUUUUUUGAGCACCUCAGCUGCAAAAUGUUUACAAAUUAUUUAAAGUAUACGAGGAGAGGAAAAACUUUGUAAAGGUAACAGUAUAAUGAUUAAAGAAAUCGACAACUUUUGUGGUUUUUUUUUUAUUAACAACCACGUCUUGCAGUUUCAUUAUUUCCACGUGAUAUUGGAUUCUGAAACAAGAUGCAACCGAGAUGGAAGCGUCAAUUUAACCACAGUAAGAUUUUCCUUGAGCGCCUCAGCUGUAAAAUGACAAAUCACUGGCUAGCGUUCUGCGAUCGAAAUAUUCAAACAGUUGAUUAUGUUAAAAAUAGCCCGGAAACACUUACUCUCGCGGAUAUACAAAAGGUGAUUUUCGUCAGGGAAUAUUCCAAGGGAACUGAGGAAAGGAGCUGGUUCACUAUUUUGUCAAAGCUGUCCAGAGAAAAGUGAAAACAUGGGAUUCACUUUGGGUUUAAAGGUAAACUCAAAAAAAUUACUCCAUCUUUAUCAAAUAGCAUAAGGGUUCAGGCCCGAUACCAAUGGGAAUAAACUCGCGCUGUCAUGUUUUUUUUUAAUUAUUCAGAAGCGUGAGAUUUUGCAAUGAUCUAGUUAUUUUAACCCUACGCCAAUUUUUACCGAUUGACUGCAAAAAGGGGUCGUAACAUUUCAGGAAAAUCAUUUCAUGAGCAGCCGUGCUUUUCAAUUUGUUAACACGGUGAUUAAUUUGAACAAAUCAUUUUCCCUUUUCGUAACAGUCACUGUUGGUCCUUGUUGUUGCUGUUUUUAA